UCUUUAAAGCGUUUUCUUUAACCUUUCCCAACCUCGCUUGUCGUCGACGAGGCAUCUGGCUAUUGGCAAUCUCAACGUUUUACUUAUAUAUUAACUCCUGGUAAAAAUAAUCUUUACGAAGGAUAAAUCCGAGUGAAAAAUGGCUUCAAGAGGACAGCAACGAUCCCGAAUUCCGGAACCAGAGCCACGUAUAGAUUAUGUGCAGUGCGAUGGUUUAGCCGUCAUGAAAAUGGUUAAGCACUGUCAUGAGGAAUCAGCGGGUAACAUGGAAGUGGCCCAAGGUGCUCUUCUUGGCUUGGUUGUACAGAGCAGAUUGGAAAUUACAAAUUGCUUCCCAUUUCCAAAAAACGAUGAGAUUAUGGAUGAAGAGGAAUAUCAACUGGCUAUGAUGCGUCGUCUACGCAGGGUGAACGUUGAUCACUUCCAUGUUGGUUGGUACCAGAGUGCUGAUGUAGGAAACUUCUUAAGUCUUCCAUUACUCGAAUCACAGUAUCAUUAUCAGACUUCAAUUGAAGAGUCUGUUGUUGUCAUUUAUGACACUGCUAAGUCUGCCAGAGGUUUCCUGACCCUCAAAGCAUAUCGUCUGACACCUCAGGCUAUUCAGAUGUAUAAGGAGGGUGAAUUUACACCUGAAGCACUGCGCACACUGAAGAUUGGCUAUGAAACUCUUUUUGUAGAAGUACCCAUAGUCAUCAAGAACAGCACUCUGACAAAUAUUAUGAUGUCCGAGCUAGAAGAGAUGAUCCCUGAAGAGCAAGGCACAAAGUACCUUGAUUUGGGAACUGCUACUGUGCUUGAAAAUCAAUUACGCUGUUUGAUGGACCGUGUGGAUGAACUCAAUCAGGAAGCAAUUAAAUUCAACAGAUAUCAGCACUUAGUGAUUCGUCAGCAGCAAGACAAGAACAGACUUUUACAGAAACGUGCACAAGAAAAUGCUGCAAGAGCUGCUAAGGAUGAACCUCCACUACCCGAUGAUGAUAUUAACAAGCUCAUGAGACCUCUGCCUGUUCCUCCAAGGUUGAACCCCAUGAUUGUUGCUGGACAAAUCAAUACAUACAGCCAGCAUAUAUCUCAGUUCUGUUCACAAAGCUUGGCUAAGUUGUAUAUCACACAGAGUCUGCAAAGUGCGAAGGAGGCCAAAACUUCCAACUGAUUAAAAUGGUAGAAAGCUUGUUCCUUAUCAGUCAAAUAGAACUGGAUUUUAUCCAAACGAUAUUGAACACGUUCUUUACCAGAACGUUAUAUAUAAACAAAAAUAAAACAUUUCAAUUGUCUAUUCA